UUUUCUUCCUCCUGAAAAGUUACUUCUUUUACACUUACGAGGUUUUCACUCUAUCAAUUUUUUGUCAAAAACGUCUAAACGUCUAAAAGUGAUACAAACUUUAAAGUACUUUAAACUAUUAAAAUAGGUUAGCCAAAUUCCAAACGCAUACUUAAUGUGGGUAAUCUAGAUUGUUUGUAUAAACUUGAUGUCUAAAAAUUAUUUCACUAAAUUACAAAGAUAACACGGAAAACUACCGUCUACCAUACCAUUAACCAUUAACAAAUUUAACAUUUGCUUAAGCGUGCCUAACUCCACCUGAUACCAUUUAUAUCGCUGCGUGUUACUAAAGUUUUAGUUAAUUUACACAAGAGUACCCAGAGAUUGUAAAUCACUCCGUUUCCAAUGAUAAAUCAACCUUGAGAAUUGAGAUUCAAGGCAAAACAAUAAGCACUGAAAAUGCGGUGUUGUGUGCAUUUCUGCAAAAAUACUUCGGACAAUAUAUUUCGGACAAUACCAUCCUCUGAUGGAGAACUGAAGGAAAUCAGUUUUCAUGGUUUCCCGAGUGAAGUGCAUCUCCGUGCUGCAUGGCUCCGAGCCCUCGGGAAACCAGACAACCUACCAGACUCUGCUGUGAUCUGCUCCCAGCACUUUCUAAAUGAUGACAUUUAUGAAACAGAAAGUGGCUUAAGGCAAAUUCAUACUGGUGCUAUUCCUUCGACCGUGCAGGUUUGCUUGAUAUGCCUAGACACUGACAGCAAGAUGUUACUAAUGAGUAAACACAAUUUGCAAGAAGCAUAUGAAAAGUUAACUGGACAGCCUUUGUGUGAUCAAGGAAACCUAAAACAAACACUUUGCGUACAAUGUGCACAGAGAUUGAUAAACUCUAUUCGAUUUAGAGACAAGAGCCUGAGAGCCCGUGAACUGAUGAUGAGCUUAGUUGAAAAACAUGAAUUAAUAACAAGACGUCAUAUUAAAAUAAUAAACCGCACAAAACAUCAACUAAAAAGUAACAUGGAGUUGAUAAUGCUAGGACCUGACCACUGUAACUUACACAUAGUAGAACACCCCUCAGAAGACAAACAUACAGAAAUAGAGGAAACCGGACACCAAGUUCUAGUGAAAACUGAAGGAAGUGAUGACUCUAUGUCGGUUGUUGAGGAGUUCAUAACUUCUAAUGGUGAAGACAUAUCUGACUAUAGCAUUAUGAUGGAAUCAAGAGCACUGGAUGAAGCUCUUUCCAAAGCUCUUGAGAGGAAACAUGUGUACAUGCGACAUAUGAGUGCAAAUCUUCAGAAGGGUGACAGUGAUGGUGAAUGUGAGACGUCACAAGUAUGCAGGCCUCAUACAGCCGUGAGCUCUAGCUCUGCACACUCUUCACUCAUCACUGAGAACAAACAGGCAGACCCCAGCCCAUCUACACAUUCUGCUCAGACCUUAGGCGCUCCUCUGCCCGCGAGUCUUGCGACAAAUAAUGAAACAAAAGUGCGCUCAACUGAGCAAGCCGAUACAGACGCCAGUUGUCAAAACAAGAGAUUAACAGAUUGUGUUGUCAAAUUAUAUAAUGUGUUCUCUAAGAAAGUUAUGCCGAGACUCGACGAGACGCUGAAGAAAACACGAAAAACUUGUUGUUUACAAAGUAAAACCGAUUUUUUGAAGAAUGACAUUAAUAUCAAGUCUAAUAAUUUGUCACAAAAUAGUUCACACACUGAGGAAAGUUGGUUCAUUUGUGACAUUUGUAGAAAAAUGUAUAAACGAAAACGUCUCUUGGUUAAACACAUAAAGACUCACGCUGAAGUAAGACAGUUCACUUGCAAGGUAUGCCAGUACAAAUGUAAAUAUCAAUGUCAAUUGAGGACGCAUAUGAGAACGCACACUGGUGAAAGACCUUUAUUGUGUAAGUUAUGCAAUUACAAAUUUACAACAAAUAGUAGUCUUGCGACACACUUGAGAACACACACUGAUAUAAAACCUUUCUCAUGUAAGUUAUGUGAUUACAAAACUGCACUAAGUGGCUCUUUAGUGAGGCACAUGAGAACGCACACUGGUGAAAAACCUUUCGCGUGUAAGUUAUGUGCUUACAAAUGUACAGUGAACGGCAGUCUAGUGAUGCACAUGAGAACGCACAGUGGUGAAAAACCUUUCUUGUGUAAUUUAUGCAAUUACAAAUGUACAACAAAUAGUGGUCUGGUGGCGCACAUGAGAACGCACACUGGUGAAAGACCUUUCUUGUGUAAUUUAUGCAAUUACAAAUGUACAGCAAGUGGUAGUCUUGUGAGGCACAUGAGAACUCACACUGGUGAAAGACCUUUCUUGUGUAAGUUAUGCAAUUACAAAUGUACAAGAAAUACUACUCUUGCGAGGCACAUGAGAACGCACACUGGUGAAAGACCUUUCUUGUGUAAGUUAUGCAAUUACAAAUAUACAACAAAUUGGAGUCUUGUGAUGCACAUGAGAACGCACACUGGUGAAAAGCCAUAUUCGUGUACGACAUGCGAGUACAAAUGUGCAGACAGAAGUAAUCUAAUGAAGCAUAUUAUGAGAACUCACACUGCCACUGGUGAAAAGCCUUCACCAUGUUCGUGAGCCGCACGUCUCAACCCGCCUUCGGAGAUGGCUCAACGUGCGUACUUCAAACAGGGCCUUCAAAGCUGGCUCUUCUUACGCGCUUCUCCAUACAAACUUAUUACGCCUAUUAUUAUGUUAUCUUUCGUAAUAGGCCUAAAAUUAACCCAGAUAUCGAUUUAACUCUCCAUUAACUGUGCCCUUAAAUAACAAAUUAUUUCGUAUUAUUAAAUACUAAUUCUGACACAUUAGCCGAUGCUAGUGCUAAUUUCUUAAACUGGACCCUUUCAAGUAAAGAUUUUUAUAUAAACCUGUGA